CACGCCCUGUGUCCUGUGAGCUUGCAGAUACAGCGCACGCAGCCGGCGGGGGUCGUCUCGGCCAGAGCAACGUGCUGCUGUUCGGCAAAAACUAGCUAUAGCCACCCUUCCUCUGCUGGCUUGGCUCCACCCCUUCCUUCCACUUCCAGUUCCAGCGGCAUGGGGAUGGGAGCUGUGGCGGCGAGCCGGGAGGAUGAGGAAGCUAAGAAGAUGGAGGCCGGCGGCGACACCGUCGGCCAGAAGCUCGACGCCGGCGCGCUCUUCGUGCUCCAGUCCAAGGGGUCAUGGCUGCACUGCGGGUACCACCUGACGACGUCGAUCGUGGCGCCGCCGCUGCUGAGCCUGCCGUUCGCGUUCGCGGCGCUGGGGUGGACGGCGGGGAUCAUCUGCCUCGUCAUCGGCGCGGCCGUCACCUUCUACUCGUACAACCUCAUCUCCCGCGUCCUGGAGCACCACGCGCAGCAGGGACGCCGCCAGCUCCGCUUCAGGGACAUGGCCACGGACAUCCUAGGGCCUGGAUGGGGAAAAUACUACAUCGGCCCGAUCCAGUUCCUGGUGUGCUUCGGAGCAGUCAUCGCGUGCACUCUCCUGGCCGGCCAGAGCAUGAAGGCGAUCUACCUGCUAGCCAACCCUGGCGGCACGAUCAAGCUGUACGUGUUCGUGGCCGUCUUCGGCGUCUUCAUGAUGAUCCUGGCGCAGCUGCCGUCGUUCCACUCGCUCCGGCACGUCAACCUCAUCUCGCUGGUGCUGUGCCUCGCUUACAGCUUCUGCGCCGUCGCCGGCGCCAUAUACCUAGGAAACUCCGAUAAGGCUCCCCCGAAGGACUACUCCAUCACUGGUGACGCCCAGAACCGUGUGUUCGGCGUGUUCAACGCCAUCGCCGUCAUCGCCACCACAUAUGGCAACGGCAUCAUCCCUGAAAUACAGGCAACGGUGGCGGCGCCGGUGACGGGGAAGAUGUUCAGGGGUCUGUGCCUGUGCUACGCGGUGGUGAUAACGACCUUCUUCAGCGUGGCCAUCUCGGGGUACUGGGCCGUCGGCAACCAGGCGCAGGGAACCCUGCUGAGCAACUUCAUGGUGGACGGCGCGGCCGUGAUCCCGGAGUGGCUCCUCCUCAUCACCCAGCUCUUCACGCUGCUGCAGCUCUCGGCGGUGGGCGUGGUGUACCUGCAGCCGACCAACGAGGUCCUGGAGGGCCUCUUCUCGGACGCCAAGCAGGGCCAGUACGCGCCGCGGAACGUGGUGCCGCGGCUCGUCUCCCGCACGGCGGCCGUCGCGGUGGCCACCACCGUCGCCGCCAUGGUUCCCUUCUUCGGGGACAUGAACUCGCUCAUCGGGGCCUUCGGGUUCCUGCCGCUCGACUUCGCCGUGCCGGCGGUGUUCUACAACGUCACGUUCAAGCCGUCCAAGAGGGGACUCGUGUUCUGGCUCAACACGGUCAUCGCCGUCGUGUUCUCGGCGCUCGCCGUGAUCGCGUCCGUCGCGGCGGUGCGGCAGAUCGCGCUGGACGCCAAGACUUACAAGCUCUUCGCUAACGUGUGAGGAGCGCCGAUCAACGCAGAAAAAGUUUGCGUGCGCAACUGAUGUAGUAGUUCGCGGGCGCUUGUGUAGAGGUGUGUACGGUGGCUUAAGCACGCGAAAAAUGUGUUUUUCUGAGUGCUUACGGGAGUGUGCAAGUAAAUCACGAAUCUAGUUUGGGGACUGUUCGUAAGUUACUCAGGCUGUCAUGCAACGGGCAAAAAGGGAUCACCGAAUCAGUUCCAACAUUGUUAUGCUCAUCCUCCAUAGUCUAUACACGCGAGGAGAGUUGCAAAACGUAUUGGCCUUUGUCAGCUGUGGAAUUCUUUGUGCUCCUUCACUGCCAUGUUGUACAAGAGAUUACUGAAUCAAUAAACUUUAUGAUCGCCUGUUAUAUGAAAAA